UACUCGUACAAGUACUGACAAAAGUUUUUAAACUGCGCCACUUGAUAUUUUUGGCAUAAGCAGUGCGGAUCGUUCGGCAAUGAGCUCGAUAGUUGUGGUUGCCAUUGAUUUUGGGACAACAUACUCAGGAUGGGCGUUUUCAUACAAGUCUGACUACGAACGAGAUCCUCUGCACAUAACAGCAAAGGCUGUUCGUAACUCAUGUAUAUCGCAUAAAGUUCCAACGUGCAUUCUUAUAAAUGCUGAUGGAACAACGCCACAUUCUUUCGGUUAUGAUGCUGAGGACAAAUAUGUUGAAAUAUGCGAGAAGAGGGAGCAACACCAAUGGUUCUUCUUCAAAAGAUUUAAAAUGAUGCUUUUUAAAGAAAAGGGCAUGACCAGACGUGAUACACUAGAAGAUGAGACUGGUAAAAAACUUCCGGCAAUGACGGUUUUUUCGCUAUCUAUUGAGUACUUAAGGAAGGAAAUUGUUGAUACUCUAAGCAAUCAGAUUGUUGGCAUAUUUAAUGCGUCUGAAAUUGGCUGGGUUCUUACUGUUCCAGCAAUAUGGAACGAUGCAGCUAAACAGUUUAUGAGGGAGGCAGCACAACAGGCUGGGAUUCCAGGAAAGAACCUUAGGUUAUGUCUUGAGCCAGAAGCCGCGUCUAUUUAUUGUCGUAAUCUUCCGGUGAAAAAGAAUACCAAGCAAGAAGUUGAAUCCAUUUUCUCAGUUUUCAUCAGGAACAAAGUAUCUUGUCCUUGACGC